UAAGGCGAACACCGCCGUGUUUAGUUUUGCCCAACCCAGGUCGAGGCACAGACACGGUCUCAAUGGGGAUAGCUGAGCUGACUACACUGACUAUGCUCGUGGCAGACUCUACUAAGCUGGCAGGCCUGCACCCUAUUUCAUUGUGGAGCUAUUGUAACAAAGACACUUUGUCAAGAAGCAGCUGAACCGUUUAAUAAAACAACAAACAUGGACCAAAACAACAUAACAGUAGCAUCUUUGCAUAAACACAGGAUCAAUACUGACUGGGGAAGGAACCUAAGGGAGUGCUAGAUAUAGAGGAGGUAAUAAGUGAGGUAAUGGAGUCCAGGUGUGCCUCAUGAUGAUGUGCAGGUGCACAUAAUGAUAGAUGCCAAGUGUGUGUAAUGAUGAAUCCCAGGCGAACGCCAGAGGGGAGGAGUGGGAGUAGAUGUGACAUAUAAAAUGCACAUUAAACACAAUAUAUACACUGACCAAAAAUAUAAACACAACAUGCAACUAUUUCUUAUAAGGAAAUCAGCCUAUUGAAAUAAAUUCUUUAGGCCCUAAUCUAUGGAUUUCACGACUGGGCAGGGGUGCAGCUAGGGCAUAGGCCUACCCACUUGGGAGCCAGGCCCAGACAUUCAGAAUUUGUUUUUCCCCACAAAAGUGCAUUAUUCAUACAGAAAUAGUCCUCAGUUUCAUCAGCUAUCCGGGUGGCUGGUUUCAGACGCUCCCGCUGGUGAAGAAGCCGGAUGUGGAGGUCCUAGGCUAGUGGGGUUACACAUGGUCUGCGGUUGAGAGGCCGGUUGGACAUACUGCCAAAAUUAUCUAAAAAUCACAUUGAAGGUGGCUAAUGGUAGAGAAAUUAACAUUAAAUUAUCUGGCAACAGGUCUAGUGGACAUUACUGCAGUCUCAGCAUGCCAAUUUCAUACGCCCUCAAAACUUGAGACAUCUGUGCCAUUAUGUUGUGACAAAACUGCACAUUUUAGAGUGGCCUUUUGUCUCCAGCACAAGGUGCACCUGUGUAAUGAUCAUGCUGUUUAAUCAGAAAUAUGAAGAAAAAAAAUAGCAUAUAAUGAUGAAUGUGUUUUGAUUAUUUUCUACUAUAACAUGGGCAAAUUAUUUUUAAGUUGUGAGUGGUGAAACACGAGCCAUUAUCUGUUCUUUUGAUGUUAUCUGUUCUUUUGAUGUUGAGUCUUUGUCCAAGAAAGUGAUGUUUGGGUUUAUACCUUAUACUGUACAAGCUUUGGUGCUGAAUACAUUGUUGUUACAGGUGUCAAGCUUAUGGGCAUAUGGCAGCAGUAUGUAGAAGGGAGGUUCCUAGGUGUGAAAAGUAUGCAGGUAGGACAAGAUAUAUUUAAAAAGUGGAGUAGGGUGGUGGGUUUAGUGUAGGAUUAGAUGGUAAGGUGUUUGUUGCAUUUUUUCUAGUAUAAAGGGAGGUAUACUCCAGUCUAGUAAGUGGCGGUAAUGCAACAUUUAUUGGAUGCCAACCGCCGUAAAACCUUAUCGAAGAAGAACAACGACAACUUGACACGGAAGUGAUACAACGGUCUAAAUUAGCAUUUUGUGUACACACUAGUUUUUACAAAAGCUAUUGUAACUAGAUAUUUUAGUAAGAGCAUGGUGUGCAAUUGCACCUUAUCGAUCAAUGUAUGAUAAAUAGACGCAAUAUAUUGCACGAGACAGGGCAGGGAGAGCUCGGUUAGCAAAUAAGCUACAGUAACGUAAUCUAGCUAGCCAGCCAGCCAGCCAGAUAAACAACCCUGCAUCUUCAGAUCAAUACAUAGUUUUGGGAUGGAGUUGGUCUAACGUCUAGAAAACAAAGGGACGUGUCGAAAAUGGGUGCAUUUUACUGUGCGAUAUGUAGGCAAACCUCUUUCUCCGGAAAAGCACACAUCUUCGGGAAAAGUCACCAGAGCAAACUCAAAGUGGUCCUUGUUAAAUUCCUUGAGAAGGUGAAAGAGGCGCGUCGAACGAUAAAAAAUCCCCAGGUGGAGAGGUUCGAUUGCACUCAGCACAAACGCAAAUGUUGGUGUUACUGCUGCGGCCUCGAGGUGGAGAGAGACGUCACUGAUGGCGACAUCACUGUGUUGUUCGGGGGCUUGUUGGAACACAUGGCCAGGCCUGACCACAGGAAGGGCACCCACACAUUCUGGUGGGAGAACAAAGCUGAUCCUAAACUGAGGGACAAGUUUAUAAUCACAGAAAAUGAAAUGGAGAGAUUUAAAACGGAGGUGGCAAAAGCUUUAGGCUCAUUUGAGGAUAAGGAGGAUGGGCUUAUCAAGCAGCAAGCCACUCAUAUCCGAGCUCAGGAACAGCAUCGCCAGGAGGUCCUUCAGUCUCUCAUAGAGCCUAAGGCAGAGCUGGAGCUAUCGAACACAGAAGGCCCUUGCAACUCAGUGGACGAGGCUUCUAGUAGCUCUCACUUCAGGGCCCCUGGAUCCGAUGAGCAGGCCAGGUCUGGUCGGGUCGACCAAAUGGUGGCCAGGCAGUGGGCAGGCCCUGGACAGGGCUUGACCUUCAUUGGCUACCAGGAUUCUUCCAACAGUGGAAAUGUUCACACAGGAGCCAUCCCUCCAUGGUUACAGGAGGACCCCAAUGAGGGCAGGUCUGGGACAAUGGAGCAGGCGAUCGGUCCAUCACUCCAGGACUUCCUCAAACAGAAGGAGCAGGAGAAGCUGAAGAAACUCCCCCCUAACCGGGUGGGGGCCAACUUUGACCAUAGCUCUCAGACAGAUGCCAACUGGCUGCCCUCUUUCGGCCGGGUGUGGAACAGCGGACGCCGCUGGCAAUCCAGGCACCAGUUCAGAGAGGAAGAGGGACAGACCAACAGACAAAAGAGAAAGCGGGAUCAGGGUGCUGAGUGAACAAAGAAACCAAACCGCCUGAACACUGACUAUAGUAUGCAUUGUACAUAGAAAUGUUACAGAACAAAGCAGUUAAAAAACAUGACAUUUGUUUGGAAACCAUGAAAAGCCUUUAUUUCAGGAUAUAAUGAACUAGGCUCAAUGUAAAUGUCAAGCUCACUAUGCCCGUUUCAAAUUUGAUUCCCGGCCAAUGUUUUUGGCACUUGUUUUAAAAUAAAAUAAUGAACUGGACUACA